AUGUCUAACCCUUUCUUCGAUAUCACAAUCGAUGGCCAGCCUGCUGGACGCAUCGUUUUCAAGCUCUACGAUGAUGUAGUCCCCAAAACCGCUAAGAACUUCCGCGAGCUCUCGACCGGCCAACAUGGCUUUGGCUACAAGGGUAGCAAGUUCCACCGAGUCAUCCCCAACUUCAUGUUGCAAGGUGGCGACUUCACGAAAGGAAAUGGCACCGGUGGCAAGUCAAUCUACGGCGAAAAAUUUGCCGAUGAGAAUUUCCAGAUCAAGCACUCAAAACCCUUCCUGUUGAGCAUGGCCAAUGCUGGCAGGAACACCAACGGCUCCCAAUUCUUCAUCACCACCGUCGUUACCAGUUGGUUGGAUGGUGCCCACGUCGUCUUCGGAGAGGUUGUGGAGGGAUCUGACCUGGUCAAGAAGAUCGAGCAAUUGGGCAGUCAGUCUGGGGCUUUGAAGAAACAGGUUGCGAUCGCCGAUAGCGGUGUCAUCUAG